AUGGAUGAGGACGAAGAAGGAGUUAUUGCAGAUACUCUUGAAGCAUUUCGAAGAUACGGAGAAAUUAUGGGUUUAAAGAUCAACAUGCGUCGUCAUGGACUGAAAUCACUUAAAAAGGAGGAUCAGGCAUUAUUGAUAGAGUUUUCAGAUCAUUUGGAUCAAUUAGAAGAAGCUGUUAUAAUUAAUUGUAAACUUGCAAAUGAUAUAGAGAAAUUUGGAAGAAAUCAAUUUCUUCCAGGAGAAAAGUAUGCACUACCACGUCCCCUGAGGCCAGGAUAUGUGGAUAAAGUGUUGACAACAAUGAAACAAUUUUGGCGUGAUUGGAGCAAAGAUGGUAUGCUCGAACGAGAUAUGUCGUACAAACCUAUUAUUGAUGAAAUUGAAUUAAAAUUUAUGGAUAUACCCAUGAAUAAAAGAAAUAAAAUAAAUGUUUUGGUUCCAGGUGCAGGUUUAGGUAGGCUUCCUUUUGAUAUAGCACUCAAAGGAUUUUCUGUACAGGGGAACGAGUUUUCCUAUUUUAUGCUUAUUUCAUCUUUUUUUGUCUUGAAUUGUUUAAAAUCUAGUAAUGAUUAUUUUUUAUUUCCUUUUAUUCAUACUUUUUCAAACCAUCGAUCAAACAAAGAUUUGCUUUAUAAAUGUUCUAUUCCCGAUAUCAACCCAAGAUCUAUUAUUUCUUCUGGCUCCAGCUUUUCCACAUCAAUGGGCGAAUUUACUGAAGUUUAUUCCCAUAGUGAUAUGGAAUCCUUUUUUGAUGUAAUUGCUACAUGUUUUUUUAUAGAUACCUCGCCAAAUGUUAUUUCUUAUAUUAGAACUAUAUGGUACUCUUUAAAACCUGGAGGAUUCUGGAUAAAUUUAGGACCUCUUCUUUGGCAUUAUGAAGAUAAUACAUACACAGAAAAAUCACCUGAAGAUAAAAAUCUCACUUGCAGUAUUGAGUUAAGUCUUGAGACUUUGAUUCAAUUAAUAAAGAAUCUUGGAUUUGAAAUAGAAAAAAGAAAAACAAUUAAUACUACGUAUAUUGGAAAUCCUUGUUCUAUGUUAAAAUAUAUAUAUGAAACAGAAGUAUAUUAA